UGCGCAGUCGCGGCCCCGGGCUGCUCGGCGGCGGCGGGAGGCUGCGGGCGGCGGGCAGCGGCCGGGCAUGGUCCAGCGGGCGCGAUGGCCCCCGCCAUGCAGCCGGCCGAGCUGCAGUUCGCGCAGCGGCUGGCGUCCCAGGAGAAGGGCAUCCGGGAGCGGGCGGUGAGGAAGCUGCGCCAGUACCUCAGCGUGAAGACGCAAAGGGAGACAGGAGGUUUCAGUCAAGAAGAACUUCUAAAAAUAUGGAAAGGGCUCUUCUAUUGCAUGUGGGUGCAGGAUGAACCCCUCCUCCAGGAGGAACUAGCGAACACUAUUUCCCAACUCGUCCACGUUGUUAACAACUCAGAGGCCCAGCACCUGUUCAUUCAGACAUUCUGGCAGACGAUGAACCGCGAGUGGAAGGGGAUAGACCGGCUGCGCCUGGACAAGUUCUACAUGCUGAUCCGUCUGGUCCUGAGGCAGUCCUUCGAGGUUCUGAAGAGAGAUGGCUGGGAAGAGAGCCGAAUCAAGCUGUUCCUCGAUGUCCUGAUGAAAGAAAUCCUGCACCCCGAGAGCCAGUCUCCGAACGGGGUGAAGUUCCACUUCAUCGGCAUCUAUCUGCACGAGCUGUCCAAAGUGGGAGGGAGAGAGCUUUUGGCAGAUCAGAAUCUCAAGUUUAUUGAUCCGUUCUGCAAAAUUGCGGCCAGGACUAAGGACCAGACAUUGGUGCAGACAAUAGCGAGGGGUGUUCUAGAAGUCAUCGUAGACCAGUCUCCUUUCAGCCCCGAAGAGACCCUCGAGGAGCAGAAAACCCAAGUGGGUGAGACCGCGUUCUCCGAGAAAGAGAUGCCGGAAAACGAGGCGGCGUGGAGGAAACCAGUCAAUAUAAAGCAGACGGCGCUGGGCAAGCAGCAGUCCAGAAAGGACGGGGUCCACGACGACGGGGAGCCUGGAGGGCGCCUGGAGGACGCCGGGCCCCUGCUCCAGUUCGACUACAAGGCCGUUGCCGACCGACUCCUGGAAAUCACUAACAAGAAGAACAUCCCUCCCUUCAACAGGAAGCGUCUCUCCAAGCUCAUCAAAAAGUUCCGGGAUCUCUCCGAAGCAGGAAGCGUGUCUCAGUUCGGUUUUGUGGACGGUGUUUCUGCUGAUGAAGAUGACCAAACCCUCGACCGAGGAAGGCAGAAGAGAAAAGGAAAUAAAGUUCUAGAGAGAACAGAGCUGGAGAAGGAGCGAGGAAACAAGUUGUCUCUUGCUGAGGAAGAGGAGAGCGAAGCCAGUGUUCAGAAAAGAAAAAGGAAGAAGAAAAAGAAGAACCACUUCCAGCCUGAGCAUUCGGGGUCAGGGCCGGAAGCUGUGCGCCCAGAGCAGAACGGGGGCGGCAAGCCGGAGGCCAGUGCGGGCAAAGCCCCGAAGACGCCCCUGGAGCCAGGGACAGUGGCCACCUCGGGCCCCCAGGAGCAGAGCGGCGUGGAGCCCGCCCCAGUGCACAGCAGGAGAAAACGGCCCAGGAAGAGGAGCCCCAGGGUGCAGGGCGGGGGCGUGGAGCCUGCAUCACCCCUGCCUCCGGAGGACGCGGCCCCUGGCAGCCCCAGCAGUGCCUGCGCUCAGGCCCUGACUUCAGGAGCCUCCCCGGCUGGUGGAGCUCCCAUCCCAAAGAAGAAGCGGAAACUGGGAGCCCUCCCGGUCAACGGCAGCGGCCCCCCGGUGCUGGCCUGGCCCCUGUCCCCGGGCAGGAGGCUGAAGAAAAAGAAGGGAGAGCCCAGCAGCCUCGACCUGCACAGCCCGUCCGGUCAGAAAGCCGUCAUCCUGAAAAAGAGGAAGAGGAGGAAGGAGGGGCCUGAGUCUGUGUCACUCAGUGGGGUGCCAGAGGCAGAGGCCACGCUUGUCCCAGCUCUGGGGGGUGGGGGCGUUUCCAGCCCCUCGAAGAAGCGGCCGUUGAGGCCAGAGAAUGACUUUGUGCGGUUCGACACCCCCUUCUUACCAAAGCCGCUGUUCUUCAGAAAAGCCAAGAGCAGCACUGCUGUCGCCUCUGUGCCCCGUGCCCUGCAGCGAGACAAGACACCAUCCAAGAAAGUCACCUUCGGGCUGAACAGAAACAUGACUGCAGAGUUCAAGAAGACGGACAAGAGCAUCCUGGUCAGUCCCACGGGCCCCUCCCGAGUGGCCUUCAACCCUGAGCAGAGGCCCCUGCAUGGAGUGCUAAAGACCCCCACGGGCUCGCCUGCCAGCACCCCUCCGGGGCCCAGGAAGCUGCUGCCCGCCGUGCCGAAGAGGAGGCCGACGGCUGCGGACUUCUUCUAGUAGCAGCGGAGCCUCUCAGGCUGCGUUUGUACAGAGAGUCUAUAAAUUAUAACUUUAAGACGG